CGUUGGACUUACUUACUCUUCGUGUAUCUUUGUGAGUGGUUGAAUUAAAAUGUCGCUCAACAUCAUCGUAUUUUUGGGCUCUGUUCGAGAUGGAAGAAAUUGUGUACGAGUUGGAAACUUUAUUAGAAAGCAACUAGAAGCUAGAAAUCAUAAAAUUACCAUAUUUGAUCCCUUGCAAAUGGAAUUUCCCUUGCUGAAGAAACCUUUGCACUUUCAUGGACCUAACGAAAGUCCACCUGAAUGGCUCAUCAAAUACAAUAGCAUCAUCGAGGAAGCAGAUGGGUACGUUGUGAUCAGUGGCGAAUACAACAGAUGCAUUCCUCCAGCUCUCACCAACAUGAUGGACCAUUUCCCUCCUAAGUCUUACCGAUGCAAACCAUGCAGUAUCGUCUGUUAUUCGGCAGGACCUGGCGGUGGCUCUACUGCUGGAAUGCAACUGAGAUAUUUCCUUGGCGAGCUCGGGAUGGUAACUCCCGGAUUCAUGUUCACCAACCCUGUGGUGCAUAAUGCAUAUGCAGAAGAUGGAACGCCUGGCCCCUCCAACGAGGCAGCCGUCUCGAAAGCCACCAGGCUUAUUUCUGAAUUGGAGUGGUAUGCAAUAGCUCUCAAGAACCAUACCGAGAAGAAUGGAUUGCCAUGA